AUGAAGAAGAACAUUGCGGAAUUCGUGGCUCAAUGUCCAAAUUGUCAACAAGUGAAAGUAGAGCACCAAAAGCCCGGAGGUUAUAUGCAGUGCAUAGAACUUCCAAUUUGGAAGUGGGAUAUGAUCAAUAUGGAUUUUGUCACUGAUUUGCCUCGUUCAUUUCGGAAGUUUGAUUCUAUAUGGGUAAUUGUUGAUAGACUGACCAAAUCAGCGCACUUCUUGCCGGUCAAGACUACUUAUACAGUUGAGGAAUAUGCGAGAUCCCCAAUUGGCUGGUUCGAAAAAGUUGAAACUGCCUUAUUUGGGCCAGAUCUUGUUCAUCAAGCUAUGGAAAAAGUCAAAGUGAUACGGCAGCGGCUAGAAACAGCUCAAAGUCGACAUAAAUCAUAUGCGAAAGUUAGAAGGAGAGGACUAGAAUUUUCUAUAGGGGAUUGGGUGUUCUUGAAGGUUUCACCAAUGAAAGGGGUAAUGAGGUUUGGUAAAAAAGAAAAAUUGAGUCCACGCUAUAUAGAGCCAUAUAAGAUUAUUCGAAGAGUUGGCCAAGUAGCCUAUGAGUUAGAGCUACCACAAGAGCUUUCAUCAGUUUAUCCGGUGUUUCAUGUCUCGAUGCUUCGGAAAUGCAUAGGUGACCCAUCUCAUAUUACUCCUACUGAAGAUGUACAGGUUACGGGAGAUCUCACUUAUGAAGAAGUACCCAUUGCUAUUCUGGAUCGACAAGUUAGGAAGUUAAGAAAUAAAGAAGUAGCUUCUGUAAAAGUAUUAUGGAGGAACCAACAAGUAGAAGAAGUUACAUGGGAAGCAGAAGAAGCAACGAAAUUGAAGUAUCCUCAUCUCUUUCAGAUCCAUGAGAAGGAUGAAAAGGCUUAG